GCAGCCAUAAAGGAGGCUCCACACACACACACACACAGUCGUCUGGAAGGAAUUAGACAUCAGCGGCAGAGAGACUUUUGGCCACUUCUCUGCGCUCUGUGUAACCUGGAUGCUUGGGGAAACUAUAGAAAUACUUACACACCCCUUUAAGACAGCAAAUACAAAUGAUUUGAUUCAUACCUGAUUAUUAGAGUCAUAGCUGGAGGCUAUUUUUUUAAAAACUGAGUGUCAUUGACGGUGCCAGGGUUGAUGGCGUUUUUGUAACUUUUACAAACUUUUGAGAAAUGAAUGAAACUGUCAGAAGUUGAUGGAGAAAAAUAUUUAUCAUUUUUGCAUAGUCUACUCUUUAUUUAUACUUUUUUACAUGAAUGAUGCCAAAGUUGACUGACAUGAUGUUUGUGUUUGUACACCUAAGAAGCAUGCGGUGUGUAGUUAUUGACUGCAGACAGACUGUUAGAAACUAGAGAAGACAAGCAGUCGUGAUUUUUUUUUUUUUUUGUUUGAGCAUCCAGCUGAGCAAACUUAAGAGGAACGUGCGUCUUAUGUUUUUUCCUUCUCAUUAAUGAGGAUCAGUGUCAGCGGAUUCAUGAGACUCAUUACUAAACGAGUUUCCUUUGAAACUUUGUCGAGACUUUUUCUCCCUGUGGAGCGGUACCAGAGCCGCCGGAGCUGACCGCAUCCUUCCUCAAGGGCGAACGAGAGGACGACAGCUGCUUCAAGAUGAGGUGUCAAAGAGUCCUCACCUACCUGCGGAUAUUUGGGACCACCAUGUUUGGCGUGUCCCUCCUGGUGGGCAUCUCCACAGCCUACAUCAUGGGCUACCAGUUCUUCACAACAGCCCGCAAUCACCUAUCCUUCGGCCUGUACGGUGCCAUCUUGGUCGUCCACCUCAUCAUUCAGAGUCUCUUUGCGCUUUUAGAACACCGAAACAUGAGGCGGUCCUUAGAGACGCCAAUCAAACUCAACAAAUCCUUGGCGUUGUGCAUUGCAGCGUAUCAAGAGGACCCAAACUACCUGAGGAAAUGCCUGGUGUCAGUGAAGAGGCUGACAUACCCGGGGAUCAAAGUGAUCAUGGUGAUCGACGGGAACGCGGACGACGACUUGUACAUGAUGGAGAUUUUUAAAGAGAUCAUGGGAUGGGACAAGUCGGCCACAUACGUGUGGCGGAGUAACUAUCACAGCCGAGGGCCAGAGGAGACAGAUGAGAGCUACGCUGAGAGCCUUCAGCAGGUCUCCAGGCUGGUGCUGAACAACAAGUGUGUGUGCAUCAUGCAGAAGUGGGGAGGGAAGAGAGAGGUCAUGUAUACAGCCUUCAAAGCACUGGGGAGGAGCAUGGACUAUGUGCAGGUGUGUGACUCUGACACUAUGUUGGACCCAGCAUCAUCGGUGGAGAUGGUGAAGGUUCUAGAAGAAGACCCUAUGGUGGGAGGGGUCGGAGGAGAUGUGCAGAUCCUAAAUAAAUAUGAGUCAUGGAUCUCCUUCCUGAGCAGCGUGCGGUACUGGAUGGCCUUCAACAUUGAGCGGGCUUGCCAGUCUUACUUUGGUUGUGUGCAGUGUAUCAGUGGGCCUUUAGGAAUGUACCGGAACUCUCUCCUGCACGAGUUCCUUGAGGACUGGUACAAUCAGACUUUUAUGGGAUCCCACUGCAGUUUUGGGGAUGACCGUCAUCUCACGAACAGAGUUCUAAGCCUUGGGUAUGCAACCAAAUAUACUGCUCGAUCAAAGUGCCUCACCGAGACGCCAAUUACAUACCUGCGGUGGCUCAAUCAACAAACUCGAUGGAGUAAGUCAUAUUUUAGAGAAUGGCUAUACAACUCCAUGUGGUUCCACAAACACCAUCUAUGGAUGACUUAUGAGGCUGUGAUCACAGGCUUCUUCCCGUUUUUCCUCAUCGCCACUGCAAUCCAACUCUUCUACCAAGGAAGGCUCUGGAAUAUUCUGUUGUUUCUGCUCAUUGUGCAGGCGGUGGCGCUGAUCAAGGCCUCGUUUGCCAGCUGCCUCAGAGGUAACAUUGUCAUGGUGUUUAUGUCGUUCUAUUCCGUACUGUACAUGUCAAGCCUGUUGCCAGCCAAAAUGUUUGCAAUAGCAACUAUCAACAAGUCUGGAUGGGGGACCUCUGGGAGGAAAACAAUAGUAGUGAACUUCAUUGGUCUGAUUCCUAUAUCAGUUUGGUUCACCAUUCUCUUCAUUGGGAUUAUCUACACAGUAAUCCUACAGACUAGAAAACCCUUUCCUGAAUCAGAAAAGAUUGUUCUGGUCAUAGGAGCAGUCGUCUAUGCCAGUUACUGGGUGAUACUGUUGACAUUGUAUACAGUUCUUAUAAAUAAGUGUGGGAAGAGGAAGAAGGAAACACACUAUGACAUGGUGCUGGAUGUAUGACUUACCGUCAUCAUUUACCACUGAACUCUCUUAUGGGUUGUUUUUCACUCACACCAUGUUGUUAUUAUACAAAUGUUUUGCAGAUGCAGAGCAGCUCUGGAGGCAAAAUUGGUUGAGUUCAACCAAAAUGGGCAAAGAACCAGGGUUUUUUUUUUCCAAACUUGAAUGGCAAAAACAUGGCAGUGGCUGCUUUUUUUUUUUCGGUUCAUGCAUGACCAUAGUUAUCACAAUCUUGGAACAUCGGCAUGCUAGCUAAUUAGCUUAACACAUUUUUUGAUCUAACAUGUUUAGCUAAAGGUCAGAUACUGUAAACUAACUAGCUAAACUUCUGAUAAGUCAGAAUUGCAUGGUUGAAUAUAAUGCAGUUGGCAGCAAGAGUGCUAGGCUUUGUAAUAUUAGCUACCUCUUACCCAUGUCACUUCCACUGGGCUCCAGUUUAACAUUUGCAACCCAGCCAAAGAAACUGUGGAUUUUUAUCACAACCCGUUGGGGUUUAACUUGACCAGUAAGCAGGGGCACCGCCAAGGGGGUGGACCAAGGUAUUACUCUGUGCACAUUAGAUAAUUAAUAUAAUUAACUGUUAAACAAGAAACCAAUGCAUAUCAGUGUCCUUUUCUUUAACUCUCAUACUGACAUAGUUUUCAACAAGCCUUUAAACGUCAACAACAUAAUUUCUGAAAUUCAGUUAUUGCUUUUGGUUUUGGUGUGCCAUGCCAAGAUUUUCAGUGGUCCCAUCUGGCCACCCCUAUGAAAUAUUUCGCCAUUGCCAGUGAGAAUAUUUUACCUCCAGAGCAUCAUUGUGUCUCCAAGAAAUGUCAUUACAGCCUGACUAUAAGCAAAUCUACAUAUUGUCCCACCAAGGGAAGCAAAAAAACACAAAACACACCACAUAGCUUCAAGUUGAAGUCAAACUAGCACCCUGCCAUGCCAGGCUGUUUCCACUGUCAAGGAUUACAUUACUUAACUCCUAAAGGUCUUGAGAGAGACUGCUGCCAUUACAAUCUAGUUAGUGUAAUUGUAAUCUGAAAGUAUCUGGAUGGUCUCUGGAUCUUGUGAAGAGGUGAGGUUAGCCACUUUACCAUUAAAACCCUAAAAUUAAGAAGUUAAAUUGCAUCAGUUUAAAGAUUUAAUGACACAACUUCAAAGUUCUUAGCUCUGAGGGCAAAGCAUUGGUUUACCUUUCCGGUGUUUUAAGAUCUCUUAGGAAGAGCUAUGGUAUCAAUUUACAAAGAGUGAAAGGGUACAGAAAGGGCUUUAAAAUUAAAAAAAAGCUGCUCUCUUUCUUCUGUUGCACUCAUGUCAUAUGGGAAAGAUACUUUCUCAUAGUCUUCAUACAUUUAUUAAUGUAUUUAUCUAUUUCAACAGAGGAACUUUUGUGUAACAUUUAACUCAAUUCAUAAUUGCAACUCCUAAAGUUCAAUGGCAAUGCACAGCUAUUUGAUGCAGGUUGUGUUUGUCCUUGACAUUACAAUUCUUGAAAUGCAGUUUAAAAUGAAACACAUCGCUCACUUUGGUGCCUAUACUGUAUGUUGAAUGUGAAAAGGUGAGGCAUCCAUAGAAGUAUCCAUUCAUGCUAUUAAGGGGCUGCAAAAUCCAUUAUGUUUGAAUGUCUGGACACUUACAAGUUUUGUUAUUCCCAUAUGACGUGAAUGCAGUAUUUUUUCUUGACGUUUACAAAGUGAAGAAUCUCAAACUGAUCACUGAUUGGUAGAUAUAAUCUCCUCCGGAUCAGGUGACCAGGUGAACAUGUGACCAGAAGAGAGAUGGUGAAUCAUUGCUGCUGUGACUGUUUUAUUUUUUACAGAAACAAUGACUUUUGUUUUUCUUUUUUUUACUAUGAAUAGUGGGUGUAUGUUGCAAAAUGGUUUUAACACUAUUUUUGUUAAUGUAUUUCUUUCUACCAAGCUGAAUGAUAACCACCAAGUAGACACGGUGGACGUGUUCCAGUCCAAAGAUUUUGUUAUUUUUUUGCCUUCCAUAUGCCCUUGUUCUCUUCCUUUCUUUCACAUACUGUAUUGAGAGUAGUGUAGUGACAUCCCUCCUAUUCCUUACUUCCUGCUUCCCUUAUCUGCGAGGGAAGAAGCAAAUGUAAGAGGAAUACAUUAAGCACCAAAUGGGAGAAAAGUACUACCUGAUAACAGGAAUUUGAAUAAGGGCACUUGCUGGAAGGGAACAGCAUUUUGGAAUGAAACGAGUCCAGCGUUUGCUACAGACCAGGAGCAGACAUGAGUUUAUUAAUUAUGCACUUUUAUGUCUGUCCUGUCGUCCAGCAUGAUGCUUGACGUAAUUAAGAUGAAAUACCUCAGUGGUUCUCUUUGCAUUGUAUCAAGGCAUAAGGAUGCCGUCCAAAGACUGAUGCAUUCUGAAGGUCUCAAGUAAUUUAUGAUCUGUUUGUGAUAUUAAAUAUAAAGGUGUCCUUUUUUAUACGCAGUUCCUUAUUAAGUCAAAGCUGGAUUUCUCUGCCUUGUCGGCCUUUUGCUGUAGCCGUUUACUUCUUGUUACUUUGUAUUUCGAUGCAUUUUAUAUGUAGACAUUUUUAUUCUAUUUUUGCUUAGCUACCAAAGAUUCUUUAUUUUCACUCAUGUUUUUAUAAGAAAAAUGGGAAAAUGUAUUUGUUGUGCUUUCAACUGUUCUGACAAUGACUUGUAUAUCUGACCAAACAAUGUGAAAUUAUGAGCUGGGGGGUUUGUCUGCAAUAACAACAAUAAAAAUGCAAUUUGUAGGGAUAAGUUAUUGAUUUCAAGAGAAGUGAUGAACCUGUGUUUUUGUACUUUGUACUUAGAUAGAAAACCAGCAUAUUUAUGUAAAAAUAUUCUGUGGUUUAUAGGAUUCUGUACUUAGCAAGAUGUCCUCUGUUAUAUAAGACCCCUAAUGUUCCAUAUGCCUACACUGCAAAAACAAUAAGUACAUUUAGAAUUUUUUCUAAUAUAUAUAACAUGUGAACAUUAUUGCUAGGCUUAAAUUUUUUUGCAGUGUUGAAACACUAACCAACGGUAUGUUGAGUCCAUAAUACAACAAACAAUAAAGCCAAUACAGACUGAAAACUUUAAUCGAUAACAUUUGCACAAAAUGUAAUUAUCUGCAAAUGAUGUGUUGAAAAAAUUUUAAGGUGCCUUACUGAGCAAUAACAAAAGAAAAACUGAGGGUCAUUUUUAUACACUUAUGAAGACAGGUUUUAUUCCGAGGUUAUAUGAAUGCGACCAACAAUGAACCAUGAGGUUGUUUUCAUGCCAAACUAGUCAUGGGCAGUGUUAUCGUAAAGCACUUUU